AUGGCUCCUACGCGACCAGCACACGGAGAGCCCGAGCCAGUCGACGAGUCCUCCCACAAGUCGCACCCCGCGCUCCAACCCGCUAUCACCGAUGUUCCUGUAACACCUGGUGUGCACUUGUCCGGCCACUCCGCCUACACAAACCCUACGAGUGGUCAGCAGGACAACAAACUGCCCUUUGACCCAGACAAUGUCACACCUGGCCCGUCCUGGAGCGCCAAUUCCUACUUUGCUCCAAAGCAAGAGGACCGGGCAUCUUCUCCGACCGAGGCCGCAGCCGGCGCGAAAUCUGGAGAGGAAUUGCUGCGAAGGCUCAGCGGGGUGCAAGACCCAUCCACAUCGUACAAGCAAGACCUGGCCGAUGUCGACCCUCGCGCUGCCCACCCUGAGCUAAAUCUCAGCGGACGUAUCAUCAGCGCAACAUUCGCUGUGCCGUACAAUAUUGCCUACGCCCCAGGUCAGGAUUUUGACUUACUACCUCGACGUGGCACGUCUGCGCUCUUCGACUCGUUCUCUUACCUCGCAUCAUCUUCGUCUCCAUGGAACCAUACUCUGGUGGGGUGGACUGGUGAGAUGCGCAAGAAGACCACUGAGGAGGCGGAUGCUGCACUUCUACCAUCAGGCAACAAGGCUGCUGCUCCAGUACCAAUCGAUGGCGCACCUCCGCCGGCUCCCCCACAAGAGCAGGGCUUGCGAAUCGGUCGCGAAGACCGAGGACGUCUGGAGAAGCAGCUGGAGCGCGAUCACGGAGGCAAGAUUGUGCCCGUUUGGCUGCCUGACGAAUGGGACGAGAAGACCGAUGAAGUCAUUCUGAAAGAUCAGGGCCGGUGGCGCACAUAUGCUGAACACGAGUUGUACACCCUGUGCCACUACAAGCAAAACGAGCCAGCCGAUGGCAGAGCCGCUCGCAAGUCAUGGGCUGACUAUUACCGCAUGAACAAGCUUUUCGCAGACCGGAUCUUGGAGCUCUAUAAACCAGGCGACAUUAUCAUCGUUCACGACUUCUACCUAUUCCUGCUUCCCAGCCUUCUUCGCCAACGCCUCCCCAAUAUCUACGUCGGUUUCUUCCUUCACGUACCGUUUCCCAGUAGCGAGUUCUACCGUUGCCUGAGUCGGAGAAAGGAGAUUCUCGAAGGCGUCUUGGGAGCCAACAUGAUCGGAUUUCAGUCGUACAGCUACUCGCGGCACUUUUCGUCGUGCUGCACGCGUAUCCUUGGCUUCGACUCUUCCUCAGCUGGUGUCGAUGCGUACGGAGCUCACGUUGCAGUAGAUGUCUUCCCUAUUGGUAUCAAUGCAGCCUCCACACAAAAGCAAGCCUUUGGGGAUCCAGUUAUCGAGGAGAAAAUCAAGGCCAUCAAAGCCAUGUACCCGGACCAGAAGAUCAUUAUCGGACGUGAUAGGCUCGAUGCAGCUCGGGGCGUGCUGCAGAAGCUACAAGCGUUUGAACUGUUCCUCGAGCGGUAUCCAGCAUGGCGCGAUAAGGUUGUUCUUGUCCAAGUAACGAGUCCCAGCAGCAUCCAAGCUGAUAAGAAAGCCAACGAUGACGAAAAGAUGAUGAACAAACUCUCGGACCUCGUAGCUAAGAUCAACGGGGUCUAUGGUUCGCUUAGCUUUACACCAGUGAGGCACUUCCCUCAAUAUUUGGAGCGGGAAGAGUACUUUGCUCUACUUCGACUCGCCGACGACAACUGCGGCCCGUUGAUUCUCUCCGAAUUUUCUGGAACCGCUGGCUCACUCGGCGGUGCAAUUCACAUCAACCCUUGGGACUUCAACGGUGUUGCGGAGGCGAUCAACAAUGCAUUGACGAUGUCGCAGGAGCAACGCGAGAAGGACUUCGAGAAAUUGUACGAAUACGUGAUUUCGAAUAACGUUCAGUCAUGGUGCAACAAUUUCUUGAAGAGGCUGAUGACCAACUUGUCCUCAUUCGAUCAAUCAUUUGCGACGCCGGCCCUUGACAGAGCAAAGCUGCUGCAACAGUACCGCGAUUCUAAGAAGCGGCUCUUCAUGUUCGAUUACGAUGGAACUUUAACUCCCAUUGUCAAAGACCCGGGAGCGGCGAUACCUUCCGAUCGCGUGACCCGUACGCUUAAGACGCUUGCUGCGGAUCCUGCGAACAGUGUCUGGAUUAUCAGCGGUAGAGAUCAAGCCUUCCUCGAUGAAUGGAUGGGACACAUCACCGAGCUUGGACUGAGCGCCGAGCACGGUAGCUUCAUGCGCCAUCCAGGUUCGAAUGACUGGGAAAACCUCACUGAAAAGACAGACAUGAGCUGGCGGUCGGAGGUGGCUGAGGUCUUCCAGCACUACGCGGACAAGACCCCAGGGUCCUUCGUUGAGACUAAGAAGAUCGCUCUUACCUGGCACUACCGGCUCGCAGAUCCAGAGUGGGGUGCUUUCCAGGCGCGCGAGUGCCAAAAGCACCUCGAAAACACCGUUGGCAAGAAGUACGAUGUGGAGGUGAUGACGGGUAAAGCAAACCUGGAGGUCCGCCCACGGUUCGUCAACAAAGGCGAAAUCGCGAAGAGGCUCGUGGAAGCGUACGGCGCAGAGCCUCCUGAGUUUGUGCUCUGUCUUGGGGACGACUUCACAGACGAAGAUAUGUUCCGAUCGUUGCGGUCGUCAGAGCUGCCUGUAGACCACGUCUUCUCUGUCACUGUUGGGGCCAGCUCCAAACAGACACUGGCAAGCUGGCAUCUCCUCGAACCGUCCGACGUCAUCUCUUGCAUCUCCCUACUUAACGGGUCGGCAGAUGCAGGCAACGUCGGUGCCAUUGCUGUAGUCGACGGUGCGGUGCCCGAAUCCAGGAUCUGA